AACCCCGCCGCAAAACGCGAACAACGUGCAGCAGUAGUAUAGUGUCUAUAGCUAGCUAAGUGAGGGAGAAUGGAGAAAUCCAAGAAAGACAACGAGGCUAAAGACGUGGAAAUGACGGUGGGGGAGGAAGAGGCGGGAAACGACAAAGCCGAAGGCGGGGACGAGGCAAAACCCAAGCAGCAGGCCCAAAAAGACAAAGACCUCCUGACAUUCGAGGGUAUGUGAAGAACGAACAGGGCGGCUGCGUGUAACUAGACCCCUUGUUUCUAGACGUCCGGGAGCAGAUGAAGUUGAUAGAGCGGGGAGUCAACCAGAAGGAAGUGCGCUACAUAAACAGAGCCCUUCGGGGCAUCCAGAGCCUCAGAAAAAAGACGAACGACGCCAUAUUGAGGAGAGUGACUGUGGCUUACUAUCCAGCUACCUCCCCGUUGAAGGAGCAGCUGCUUGAUUACCUUGAUGAGCCUAUGGAUGGAGAAGAAGUAUCGCAGUACCGGCCGCGCAGCUCGAAAACGGGACAGCCCGUGAUUUUACCCGAACUCGACAUUUUUGUACAUCUGCUCAUUCUACUGAGAAUGCUGGAUCAGGAACGCAUGGAAAAGGCAAAGAAAUGUAGUGAUGCGCUGAUGGAGAAAGUGGUGGCUGAGAAUCGACGGACGUUGGAUGGUCUGAGUGCCAAAUGCUAUUUCUAUCACUCGAGAGUCUAUGAGAUGUGCGGGCAGCUGGCCGGCAUCCGAGGGUUUCUCCACGCACGUCUGCGAACGGCCACGCUGCGACACAACGAGGAAGCACAGGCAGUGUUGAUGAACCUGUUGCUAAGGAACUAUCUCCAUCAUAAUCUUUAUGAUCAGGCCGACAAACUUGUUUCCAAGUCAAAAUUCCCCGAAAGUGCCAACAAUAACGAGAUUGCAAGACAGCACUACUAUCUCGGAAGGAUAAAAGCAAUUCAACUGGAGUACUCUGAAGCAUACACACAUCUGGUCCAGGCAAUCAGGAAAGCGCCGGCCUCGUCUGCAGUCGGGUUCAGGCAGACUGCCAACAAGUUUGCAGUGGUGGUCCAGCUCCUCUUGGGCCAGAUUCCAGACCGCUCAACCUUCCGGGAUCCCAUUCUCAGACGACCUCUUGCACCCUACUUCAAACUGACCCAGGCGGUACGGAAUGGAGACCUGGAGCUGUUCAGCAACACCCUGGACCUCUAUGGGGCCCAGUUCCAUUCCGAGAGAACGUACACCCUCAUUGUGCGUCUUCGUCACAACGUCAUCAAGACUGGCGUCCGGAUGAUCUCUCUCUCAUACUCUCGGGUGUCGCUGGAGGACAUUGCAGAGAAAUUGAAACUUGACAGCAGUAUUGACGCGGAGUACAUAGUGGCAAAGGCUAUUAGAGACGGAGUGAUAGAAGCAACCAUUGAUCACGAGCAAGGAUUCAUGCAAUCCAAGGAGAACAUUGAUAUAUACUCCACCAAGAGCCUCAGGAGGCCUUCCACCAACGAAUCAAGUUCUGCUUGGAACUCUAUAACACCUCAAUAAGGGCCAUGCGGUAUCCUCCGAAAGCCUACAGGAAGGACUUCCAAUCUGUAGAGGAGCGAAGGGAGAGAGAACAACAGGACCUCGAAUUGGCAAAGGAAAUGGCCGAAGAGGAUGAUGAAGAGUUUCCAUAGCAACCGUUUCCUUGGCAACCAAGACUAUUACUAUAAUUAUGUAGUCUGACACUUGUGUACAAUCAGUCAUAGGCAUAAAUACAUUACAGCUGCAGUGAACUAGCAACAGUGAUGUACAAGAUAAUUAUAGAUAAAGAUGAUAGUGUGACAUUUACUUAAUGGAAAAAUACAUCUAAACAUGUGAGAAAAGGAGGGAAAUAAAUUGUACAUGACGACUGAAAAAUAAUACCAUCUAGCGCAAAAACAAACAGCUAAUGCUCUCAGAGAUGAUGUAAUGUAGUCUGCAGUAGUUGCCACGGUGAUGUCAUGGUCCGGAUGGGAAGCUUUCGAAGGAAGUGAGAUCCAUGUCACCCAACACGCUGAGUCCAAAGUCCUGGCCUCCCCCCGGUCCAUUUGGCAACAUUGGGAAGGGGUAAUUGGGUGGAGAGGCUGGGGUCCCUAGUGACACAAUGGAGGGGGCGGGGCUUGGGUAGGGGCUUGAUGGGUUGCUAAUGACACCUCCGAGGGCACUGAAAGAAGAAGACAAGGUGAAGAGGCAGAAAAAAGGAGGGGGAGAAAGAGAGGGGAGGGGUGAUGAGAGGUAUCUUAC